UUAGCCUCUUUUCAGCCUCAUGUUUCACCCCCAAUUUCCUGAUGCUAUAGAACAUAAAUCCUUUUUGUCCCCAUGUCUUCUUGUCCGGAUAUGAACCUCCUCUUAAACUUGGUAGAGAUAUAUUUAAUAGAUAUUUAUUAUGUUAAACUGAAAUUUAUUGCUUUGAAUAUGUUGUUUUUGGAUUUAGAUAAUGUAUUUGUAUUCAUCUAGAUGAAUGUGUGAAUGUGUGCAAUGUGAAUCUAACACUUCUUGAUCAGUGAAAAAAUUAUUUUCUUUUCGAAAAAUGGGUCUUAAUUUUUAUCUUAGUUGAGAGAAUUCUGCCCCUUCCUAUAAAAUUUUAGGUUGCUCUAAACAGAAAUCCCAUGGAUGAAAACCAACGUAAGAGAACCUUAAAACGGCAAGGAAAAACAGAGAGUUGUAACUCCCGACCUUAUUUCAUCACAAAAAAACCGCCCAAUUCACUAAAUAAAGAACCCAAAAACUGCUAUAUAUAUAUAUAUAUAUAUAUAAUUAAGAAGAGCCCAAAACGACGAAGGCAAAGGUGAAGCAAAUCCAGCAAGAAAAAUGGCUGCUACUUCUCCGGCCAACAUUUUCAUACUUGCAGGGCAGAGCAACAUGGCAGGCCGAGGCGGCGUCUCCAAAGACCCAACCACAGACAAAAACGUGUGGGAUGGUUAUAUCCCCCCAGAAUCUCAACCCAACCAAUCCAUCUUUCGAUUCACUGCUGAUAUGGUAUGGGAGCAAGCCCGUGAGCCACUCCACUGGGACAUCGACGUUGUAAAGACCAAUGGGGUUGGACCCGGCAUGCCUUUUGCCAAUGAGCUUUUGGCCAAAGCUGGCCCUAGCAUUGGCACCAUCGGUCUGGUUCCGUGUGCCAUUGGAGGAUCUCACUUGAGAGAAUGGGUUAAAGGGACUGAUAGGUACACCAAAUUGGUUGAACGGAUGAAACGUUCGGAAGAACAUGGUGGGAAAGUUAAGGGAUUCUUUUGGUAUCAAGGAGAGUCCGAUGCGGCGGUGGAAGAAGAAGCUAAGUCGUACGAGAGAGAGCUGAGUAAAUUCUUCACGGACUUGCGUGCAGACGUGAACCAUCCAGAUCUACCCAUCAUCCUGGUGAAGAUAGUGACCCAUGAUUUCUUCAUAAGCCCAGAUUUUGAGUUCAAAGACGAGGUAUGGAAUGCUCAGGAGGCAGUCACGCAGAAGCUACCAAACGUAAGAAUGGUGGACGGUAGGGUGGCGGUGGGGAACUUUGAUGAAGGGCUUAACGAAGAUAGAGGUCAUCUCAACGUUAAAUCUGAAGUGAAUUUGGGCAAAAUGUUUGCUCAUUCCUAUUAUUCAAACUUCGCUCACUUCAUUUCCUAAUUAAUGUGCCUAU